AUGACGAUGCGCAAGAUUACGUUCUUUUACCUCCUUGGCGCGGUAGCGGCUGUCUUGGUCUUGGCGGUACCUGCGCAAGCCCAGUCAGGAAUGGCAGGCAAGGAUUCCCAGGCCGUGACCGAGGGACAGCCCGAGCGGUUCUCUCUUGUUGAAGCCGACGGAGACAUCCUGAGGGUCGACCGGCAAACUGGCACUGUUUCGAUUUGCCGGAAACAGAACAGCUCCUGGAGAUGCAACCCGGUGCCAUUGGCGGAAGAAGCCUAUCUUGCGGAAAUCAAUGAGCUGGCAGCGGAAGUUGACCGCCUGUCAGCCCGUCUUGAGCAACUGGAAGAUCAGGCCGGAUCUCCCGCGCCGCAAGCACCUGGUUCGACUCUGAAACGGCAGGGCCCGAAGACAGAUGACGGAGACCAGACAUCCAGAUGGAUCGAGGAGGAUGAGGAGCUGGAACGGGUUCUGACCUUUACUGAAAGUGCCAUGCGGCGAUUUUUCGGCAUGGUGCGUGACUUGCAGAAAGACUUUGACAACGACGGGAACUAG